CAACAACCCAAUCCAAGCUCCAGCCUCGAGCUCGGCUCUCCACAAAAUUUCCAAUUAUUGGCUAUUCUCCCGGAUAAAAUGGAGAUGCUUAGGGGUUGGCAAUGGUUUUCUCCGCAGGGCUGCCGGAGGAGAAGCUGGAGGCAGAAGCAAAUAAUUUAGUAUAAAGUAUGCGCCGAUCUCCCCUGCUCAAAGGAGCUCGUUGCUCAGAUUGACUUACUGAACAUAAUCCUGUUCUUGAUUUCGUCGUGAGAAUGAAGCUAUCAGGAGUCCUCACCUCCACGGUGAGCAUCCUCUCCCUGGGGGCUACAGUCGAGGGCUUCUUUCACUCUCGAACCGACGCCGUUGCUCCUAAGCCGCCAUUCAGGCCUCUCCCACAUAGCUAUCCUCGCGAGAAGGUCUGCCAUGUGCGCAGCCAUGGUGAUGGCUCCGACGACUCUAAGUUUAUCCUCUCCGCAUUGCACCAGUGCAACCACGGCGGAAAGGUUGUCUUCGCCGAGGACAAGGAGUAUACCAUCGGUACUGCAUUGGACUUGACAUUCCUAAAGCACAUUGAUUUGGAAAUUCUCGGCCGCGUCGUUUUCACCGACGACACAGACUACUGGCAAGCCAACUCUUUUAAGCACGGCUUUCAAAAUGCCACUACCUUCUUCCAGCUCGGCGGCGAAGACGUAAACGUCUAUGGAGGGGGAACCCUCGACGGCAACGGACAGAUUUGGUACGAUUUAUUCGCAGAAGAUGCGCUGAUUCUACGCCCAAUUCUGUUCGGUGUUAUAGGGCUUCACGGGGGCACAAUUGGACCACUGAAACUGCGCUACUCGCCACAGUGGUACCAGCUUGUUGCGAACUCGUCGGAUGUGCUCUUUGACGGGAUCGAUAUCUCCGGAUAUAGUAGUAGUGAGAAUGAGGCCAAGAAUACUGAUGGCUGGGAUACGUACCGGUCAAAGAAUAUUGUUAUCCAGAAUUCGGUUAUUAAUAACGGUGACGAUUGCGUUUCCUUCAAGCCGAACAGCACUGACAUCCUCGUCCAAAACCUCCACUGUAACGGAUCCCACGGUAUCUCUGUUGGCUCUCUCGGCCAGUAUGUGGGCGAGGUUGAUAUUGUGAAAAACAUUCUCGUCUACAAUAUCUCUAUGUAUAACGCAUCUGAUAUGGCCCGCAUCAAGGUUUGGCCUGGCGUCGCAUCCGCCAUGUCCGAGGACCUCCAAGGUGGUGGUGGUCUCGGCUCCGUGUCAAAUGUUACAUACGAGGAGAUGUACAUCGAGAAUGUGGACUGGGCAAUUGAAGUAACGCAGUGCUAUGGGCAGAAGAACAUGACGUUGUGUAAUGAAUACCCGAGCAACUUGACCAUCUCCGACAUUCAUAUUUCCAAUAUGUACGGCACGACUUCCGAUGCGCAGGAUCCGAAUGUUGGAACGAUCGUUUGUUCAAGUCCAGAGGUGUGCUCGGAUAUCUAUGUUGAGGACAUUGAUGUCGUCAGCCCAAGCGGUACGAAUGACUUUGUUUGCACGAAUGUCGACGAGAGUCUCCUGCAGGUGAACUGUACCUCUGGGUGAUGGGGUUCGCGAGCCAAAUGGACAGACACGAUAUUUAAUGCUAUGUAUAGCUAGUAAAAAAGACAAUGAAGUACUUCUAUAUGUUGAAUCAUAUUAAUUU